UCUUCAUGUCCACCUGACCUUCAUCACCUCUGGACUCAACCUCAUGGAGGAAGAACAAUCACAGAUCUCUCAACCUAAACUGAGUAGUCCAGUCCAGUUCUACAAGAGUGCUGUGAAUGCUGCCUUACAGAGUCCAAACGGACACCUGGACUUGUUCCUCCGCUUCCUCCUGGGUCUUUCACUGCAGACCAAUCAGAGUCUCCUACGAGGUCUGCUGACUCAGACAGGAAGUAGCUCACAGACCAAUCAGGAAACAGUCCAGUUCAUCAAGAAGAAGAUCAGUGAGGAUCUGUCUGCAGAGAAGAGCAUCAACCUGUUCCACUGUCUGAAUGAACUGAAUGAUGGUUCUCUAGUGGAGGAGAUCCAACAGUUCCUGAGUUCAGGACGUCUCUUCACAGAUGAACUGUCUCCUGCUCAGUGGUCUGCUCUGGUCUUCAUCUUACUGUCGUCAGAAGAAGAUCUGGAAGUGUUUGACCUGCAGAAAUACUCUUGUUCAGAGGAGGCUCUUCUGAGACUGCUGCCAGUGAUCAAAGCCUCCAACAAAGCUCUACUGAGUGACUGUAACCUGUCAGAGAGAAGCUGUGCAGCUCUGUCCUCAGUUCUCAGCUCUCAGUCCUCCAGACUCAGAGAUCUAGACCUGAGUUACAACAAGCUGCAGUAUUCAGGGGUAAAGCUGCUGUCUGCUGGACUGGAGAGUCCACACUGUAAACUGGAGACUCUCAGGUUGGAGCACUGCAGUUUGUCAGAGAUCAGCUGUAAAUCUCUGAGUUCAUCUCUGAAGAAGAACCCAUUUAAUCUGACAGAACUGGACCUGAGCAGGAACAAGAACCUGCAGGAUUCAGGAGUUGUUGAUCUGUGUGGUUUUCUGGAGAGUCCAGACUGCAGACUGCAGACUCUGAGGUUGAAGGACUGCAGGUUGUCAGAGAUCAGCUGUAAAUCUCUGAGUUCAUCUCUGAAGAAGAACCCAUUUAAUCUGACAGAACUGGACCUGAGCGAGAACGACCUGCAGGAUUCAGGAGUUGUUGACCUGUGUGGUUUUCUGGAGAGUCCAGACUGCAGACUGCAGACUCUGAGGUUGAAGGACUGCAGUUUGUCAGAGAUCAGCUGUAAAUCUCUGAGUUCAGCUCUGAAGAAGAACCCAUUUAAUCUGACAGAACUGGACCUGAGCAGGAACGACCUGCAGGAUUCAGGAGUUGUUCAUCUGUGUGGUUUUCUGGAGAGUCCAGAUUGCAGACUGCAGAUUCUGAGGUGAGUAAAUGAACUGAACUCCCUGAAUGAUGAGAAUGUAUCAGGUGAAGAACUUUGAGGUUCCACAGGAAGGUUCUCUGACU